UACAUCUGUCAGAAGCAGAAAUGCCGCAGAUUCCAAAGAAGGCAGACUGUUGAAGGUAGAUGCUCAAGUGUCUGGAAGGUGAAAGAACCCAAAACUUACAGAGGAGAUUUGGUGAGAUAAGGGGAAGAAGAAGACUUCCCCUAUAACGCUGGCAAUGGGUUCUAUUUUGGGUAACAUUUGUGAGGGUGGAUGUUUGAUUCCAGUCUGGGCAGUGCUUGUAACAGCUGCUGUUGCCGUCUUGUUGCUGCUGGCAAUUGUGGUCCUCUCCAUAUGCCUUUGCCGGGUCUAUAAAAGAGUGAAGAAGCUAAGACUGUCACAGAGCGUGUCGGAAAACACCUAUGAAGCCGAUGUGCAUUACGCUGAAUUACAGAACCUCCCGGCCUCUGGCAGGGGCCAAUGUGAUGGCGGAACCAACCCAGAUGCUCAGAACAGUGACUACGCGACGGUGGCUGUGCUGAAAGAAGAUGCCAGAGAGGAAGAUUUUGGCAGUCACCAGCAAACAGAGGACAGCGGGGUAGAGGAUGGGGUGAGGGAGGAGCAGAUAUCUGUAGAACCAGAGUCAGCUUCAUGUGACUUGGAAUAAGGGAGUCAACCAAGGGACAGAAGCUUUGGGUGUUCCAAAUGGAUGGUAAGUCUCUUCUUGAGAAGCCCAAUUCUACAGCUCUACAGGUAGCCCUUGACUUACAACUAUUUGUUUAGUGACCGUUCAAAGUUACAACAGCACUGAAAAAAUGUGACUUAUCCCCUUCCCCCCCCCACACACACUUAUGACCGUUGCAGCAUCUCCAUGUUCAUGUGAUGAUCAAAGUUCAAAUGCUUGGCAACUCGAGAGCAGGCCAGGGAUGCUUUGCGAGUUGACAUCAUAUUUAUGACAGUGGCAGGAACCCAGGGGUCAUGUGAUCCCCUUUUGUGAACUUCUGACAAGCGAAGGGAAUGGGGAAACCAGAUUCACUGAACAACCGUGUUACUGACUUAACAGCUGCAGGGAUUCACUUAACAACGGUGGUGAGACAAGUGGUAAAAUGGGGCAUAAUCCAUUUAACAACCCUCUCGCUUAGUGGCAGGAAUUUUGGCCUCAGUUGUGGCCGUAAGUUGAGGACUAUCUGUAUUGUUUAUGCACUUUGAGUAUAUAUUCCUACAUCUUCUGGAGGUUCCCUCCCUUCUGGUCUCCAGCCACGACUGACAAAUGGGAUCAGUUUGGAUGUUUGCAGGGAAAACAGAGAGGGAGGAAUAGAGAUUUUUUUCCUCACAAUACGUAGAAUCAUAGAGUCAUCGAAUCAUGAUGCUAGAGAGGACCACGGAAGGCUUCUAGCCCCAAACCAUUUGCCCAAGACAAGAAACCAAAUGCCAUUUCAGACAAAUGAUUGUCCAAUCUUUGUUUUAUAGCCUUGUGUGAUGGAGCCCCCAGAAGACAGGCUGUUCUACUGGUUAAUGUCUCUCAGGGUCAAGAAAUUCUUAUUUCAAGUUUGGAUUUUCCUCUUAUAAAGCUUCCACGCAUUGUUUUUGUCCUAUUCUGGGGGAGCGAUGGAGAAGAAAUCCUCCCCGCCUUUUGUCUGCGUCAACCCUCAAAUACAAUAUUGGAAAUACCUCUCCUUAUCUUUUUCUUUAGCCUAAACAUACCCAGUUCCUUUAGUUAUUCUUAUGAUUUAGUCCAGGGGUGGCCUUUUUAUCACGUGUGGACUUCAACUCCCAGCAUUUCUGAGCCAGCAUGAUCACUUUUGUGUACUCUUCGGAGCAUUUUUGUGCAAAUAUGGUAGAAAAGGAGUAGAAAAGCACUUUAUGGAAAGAUACUGCUGGAAUUCAUUCUGUACUAGUGCUGUAAUUAGUGGCUUUUUCUAGCAGACCACUGAUUAAGAAAGGGACAACCUCCAGAAUUCAGAACUACCCAAUAAUAAUACCCAACACACUUUUGUCAUUCCUUGGACAACAGCUGGCUGUAUUUAUUUUUAUUUCAUUAGUGCCUGAAAGGACAUUUGGAGUUUAAGUGAUAAGAGAAUCUGAGAAGAUACUGCAACCAUCUAAAAGCAAAAGAGCUGGACUCGAUCAGAUUAUAGCUCAUCUAGUUUAGAUUUCUUUUCAUGGUUUCUGGUUUCCUGGUUCCUAAUGCUUUAGAAGGCCUCACGAACAAGACAUGGAAGCAGUAUUGAGAAAUAUACUACAGUAGGCCUCUAAUCUUAAAAUAUUAGAUAGUGCAUUGUGGUUCAUAGGUAUUGAUAGCGUUAUCUUUCUAAGUUUGUCCAAGCGCCUUUCUAAACCAUUGACAUUGAAAACUGUUGUUCCAGCUUUCUGACUUUUGAUAUCAAAAUGUUGAUCUGGUAAGGAACCUGUAUCCCAAGAAACAUCACUGAUGAGAUGCCUGUGGAAUUUUCGAACAAAGAUUUAAAAAUAAACUUGACUGCUUA